UUAAAGCACUUUCAAAUAAGUGUGACUGUCAUUUAUUAUUCCUAAAGUUUCUGCAGAUGCUGGGAUCAGCUGUUGCAACAGAAUUGUCAAUUAUGCUUCAUAUCUAGAGUAUUUAGGAAUGUCGGUGCCUCUCUCCAUUGUGAAGAGAGAACAUCUGAUGUUCAGUGCAGCACUUCAGUAUGUGUUUUCUGUAAGUUCAGGUUUACUCUUUGAAUAGAAAUAUAAUAUUUGAGAGUUUCUGUGAUGUUUGUCAACCUAUUCCAUUCUGUAAUUGAGCUUCCCCUGGAAAUCUUUGUGUGGGGUGGAGGGGUUGGAAGUGGAUUAUCUAGGAUCCUGGCACUUCUCAGGAUAGUGUCUCAUUGGAUGGGCUCAUCCAUGAAGCAUUUGAUACUUGCUGAAUUACAUCGGAAGCUGCCUUAUAGGAGUCAGAUCAUUGGUCCAUUUAGCUCUACACUGACUGGCAGCAGCUCUCCAAGGUUUAGGCAGGAGUCUCAGCCCUACCUGGAGAUGCCAGGAUUUGAACCUGGGACCUUCUGCAUGCAAAGCAAAAUGCUCUACCACUGAGCUACUGACCCAUUAUGCUAACAUUAUAGCAAAUAAGCGUGUAUGUGUUUACUUUCAGAGACUAUAGCAAACAUUUGGAAAAGAUCAGGCAGUGGACAUUUGUGCUGUGAAAGCCAAUCUCCUGUCAUGGUUUCACUGAUGCUAAAUAAUUGACAUGGAGUGCGUUCUGCUUCUAGUUUCUAACUUAAGCAAUGAACAAAUAUUCAAUAGAAGUUGGGCUGUGGGGAGGAGCACUCUUUCCAUGUGCCUUACUCGAUUUUGCUAGUUCCUCUCACAGUACUGGAGAUGUUAUCUCAGUGUAGUAAGACAGGAUUAUAAUCUGUUAGAAAGCAUUCCAAGAUUCAGAAUCAAAGAGAAUCCCACCAGACUUUUGGUGUGGUGCUUGUUUUUUAUUGUUACCACCACCUGUAAAAAAUCUCUGAAGGCUUUUUUCCUCCUUCAGGUAAUUAACAGCCAAAUCUUUUCCUUUUACCACUCUGAUGACGUAUUUCCUCUUCUUGGCCCCAGUUCUCCUGAGGUUAUACGUCUGUGUCUGGGCUCUGUCACUUGAUGCUACAGAUAGGGGCUGACAUGACUAAAUGCUCUGCUGUACAAAAAAGUUAAAAAAAAAAAAAAAAGGUCCUCUCCCACAUAAGAUUGUAUCCAAGGAAAGAUGUGACUAAAUUCCAUUGAAAUCCCAGGGACAUAGGAUCCUGAUUUAGACGUGGACUCAAGAGAGGAAGGAGAAUGGUCAGAUGACCAAACCUCUGCUUUUCCACCAGAUGAUUUCACACACUUAUUUAACAAAGCCAUCAAUACACUUGGGCCCCAACAAGCCUACUUCCCACCAUUCUGGGAAACUUUCCAAUGCCAAAACAGCAUGACCUUCUCUUCCCCUUCCCUGAUUGUUUUGUGGAUAUGGUUAAACAGGAAUGGAAAGCGAAUAGGAAACUCACUCUCCUUGUUAACAAAUUCUAUAGUCCGACCCAAGAAGCCUCAGACAUGUUUCAGAUUCCCCCCACUGAUGUUCCUGUGGUGUCCAGAGCCAUCCUCCCUCGAGAUAGGGACACCUCUCUCAAUGAACCUAGUGAAAAGUGGAUGACCUCAAAAAAGGUCAUGAGGCAGCUUCCUUAUCAGUAUUGUUAUCAUUUCUCCCAUCACCACCUCAAUCAUAGCAUGGGUAUCUCUACUCUGGGUAGAUGAGUUUCUCCAGGUUCCUCCCUCAGAUCUUAAUUGCCAAAAGCAAUAAAAAUACAAAAAGCACAGGCUUUCAUAGCCGAUGCUACAUUGGAUUCCAUCCAUUUCUCCUCACGCUCCGUGGCCUCUAUGGUGGUGGCAAGGAGAAACUUAUGGCUUGUUCACCAAGUCCCCAUUCUCCAUUACGACCUGCCUUGGUUCAAGCUUGCUGCCUAGCAACUGAACGGAGCAUCCUGAAACACCAUGGUUAUGCACACAAAGUGCUCGAUAUUAUUCCUGCUUCCAAGAACAGUCCGCCUGGCAGGUUUUUCUCCUGCUGGUGCUGGCGUCAUAGGCUUUGUAUUUCAUUGCUCUCAGGACAUAGUCAUACCAUCAUUUUGUACAAAACCUGUAUACUCUUUGGGGGAGAAGAACCUGGCAUAAACUCUGUGCACCACUAUCUGAAGGUGUACCUCUCCCACACAGCUUUGUUCCUUUCCACCAGCGCCUUAUUUGUUUCUUUUCUUCUUUCCUCUAUGUGUCAAAAGACCACUACCAUUGCCAGAUGGAUUAAGGCUUGUAUCACGUUGCCCUACGAGGUACAAAACCUAUGACCAUCUCUUCACAUCACUGUGUACUCCAUGAGAUCAGCAGCUACCUCAGCUGUCUUCUCUACUAAUGCACCACUCUCUGAAAUCUGCAAAACAGCCACCUGAACAUUGCCUUCCACCCUCACCUGACACUACAAGCUCAACUUCUAUCACUCUUCACAAGUAGCCUUUGGCAGGCGUGUCCUUCCACAGGUUCUUCUGCCCCAGUAGAUGCUGACACUCCCACCCAGGGUUCUCAGCUGUUGUAUGUCCCACAUGAGAUGACCUCAUCCAGCAGCAGAGAAAGGAUUUUGAAGGCUUCUUCUUGCUGCUGGAUUUUAGGACAUCUCGACCCACCUGUCCGGGUACCCAUGUCUCCUGGUGUAUUUUUCCUCAUUUUCAUUCUCGUCUUUUCUCUCUGUAUCUUGGACUUGGCUGCUGCAAACUGGGUGGGAUUCUCCUUCCUAAGCUCUUAAAGCAUUUCUUAAUUAGCAUAGUCCUGCCUUCUGGAGCAUGUGGGAAGCAUAACCCACGUCAAAUGUCCUCGAAUCCCACAGCAAGAAGCAGCAUUCACAGUGCGUAACCAAUUCUCCUUUCUCCAUGGUGGGGCAUUGUCUCUGGAAACUGCCUUACAGCACCAUCCUAUGUAUGUUUACUUGGAAAUACAUCACACAGUCUUUCCAGUGAGGCUUACGUCUAAGUAAGCAUGCCUAGGGUUGCAAUAUUACUUAUAUUAUCUCCCCUUGCUGUUCUUGGUAACAUAGUAACUCACAAUAGGAGGUAACUUUAUUUGUAGGCAGAUGUUCUGCUCUUAUUAGCAAGCCUGUAUAGACCCUGUUAGUCUGGAGGAGAAGAAAAUUUGGGUGCCAAAUCUAGGUGAAAUAACUGCUUAUAUAUGUUGUGUACAGCUUUCUAAUAAUCUUGUGAGAAAAGGAAAAUGUACUGCACGGCUGUAUCAUUUGAGAGCCACUGUGUAUACCAAAAGCUCACUGAAGGUUUGGAAGAACAGGUACACUCUAUACAAGAUUCCUUGCUCCAAUUGCAGCAGCUACUGACAGACCUUCCCCAUGAUAUGCUAGAAGACAGUGGAGAUCAUCUCUCCAGCUUCUCUGAUUGUAGUGCACCCGAGGACCACGAACAAGUGCAUGAACCCUGGGAUAAUGAUGCUGCCAGAUGGAAUGAUCAUCCAAUUACAACCAACCCACAAACUGACUAUCAACAGGGCCAGAAUGUGUAUGCCGAACACUUUUUAUAUGAUCAAGGAAACCUUCAGGGUGAAAUGCAUGGCAAUGACUGGCCUGACCACCACAAUGAAGAUGAAGAUAAAAGCAUGUACGAGAUUUCUGGCAGGGCCAGUGAAGAUGGGCCCGAUGAUGUAUAUCUUGGAGGAGAUGGGUAUAAAGCACCAGGUCACUACCAGCAAAACAAUGUAUAUCAUCUUCCAGAAAACUUUAGACCAUACACAAAUGGCCACCCGCAGGAGUUCAAUAAGCCACACAGCAAAAUAGCAAACUUUGCAGAUGUGAAGAAGGAACACUUGAAAUGCAGCACUUUAGAAGCAACUAACAGCCAAACUAUGGAUCCUUACAAAGUAAUAUAUAAGCCAUAUCAGAACAACAUCCAGCAAACAGGCUCCAUUUCUCCAGACCCGGCAAAAACCAAGGAAUUGUUUGAAGAGAUGCAGCAAGAAUUUUUGGGUACUGGCGAGAAUGCUUCAGACAACAUGCAGAUUCUGCAACUUCAAGUUAUCAAUAAAGCGAAAGGAAGACAACUGGAAGAACUUAAUACACAGCUGGAGGAGAGAUCACAGCAGAUUAGGUAUCUGUCACAUCAGCUUGCGAUUGUCAAAGAUGAAAAGGAUGGCAUGUGUCUUAGUCUGCAGGAAAGCCAAAAACUCUAUCAAAAUGGCAAAGAAAGAGAAGUUCAACUUGAAGGCCAAAUAAAAGCACUUGAAACCCAAAUUCAAACUCUAACUGCUAAUGAAGAGCAGCUGGUCAAACAAUCCAAAGUAGCAGAGGUUGCCAUGGAGAGUAUGCAGCAGCAGCUCUUGGAACUUCGACGCUCUGAUGCUCUUCAGCGUGCCAGAGAGCAGCAUGAGGCCAUCGUUGCAACACUGAAGCAAAAAUAUGAAGAGGAAAUCUUGUCUUUACAGCAGAGAGUUGAUGCUAGGAAUACAGCACUCCAGGAGCAGACAGAACUCUGCUGUCACCUAAAGGCACAUGUGAAACAACUUGAAAGGACCUUGGAAGAAAGCAAAUUGGAAAAAACUGAAAUAAUCAAUCGACUUUCAAGGAGUCUAGAAGAAAGCCAAAACCAGUGUGCAAAUCUCCUGCAAACAGGUUUUGUACAGGAGACAAACCAGUUACGCAUUCAGCUUCAGCAAGCCCAGUCUGCACAGCUGAUAAGCAAUGAAAUGAAUAAGGCUCUGCAGGAAGAGCUAAAGGAACUCAAAGAAGAAAUUGUUUUGUAUGAAUCUGCUGCGAAGCAUGGUAUAUUUCUCAGUGAUCCAGGUGGAGAAUUGAGUGUAGACAUGACCGACUCUUAUGUAGAUUUGGGUAUUAAAAAGGUCAACAAGAAACUGAAACUUCACAGUGCUACACAAAACAAAGUUGUAGAUAACAAGCUUUCUAAAGAUGAUAUCAUUUUGGAGCUCAAGGCUGAACUGGAACGCCUGCUGAACAGUAACAGAACCAAAAGAAACCAGAUUUCACGGCUGCAGAAUGACCUUAAAGAUUGUGAGAGAACAAUAGAUGAUCUGAAGAAGCAACAGAGCCAUAGUGCAUGUAUUCAGGAACUUAAGGAAAAUCAGGAAAAAAUAAAAAAUGUAAAUCAAGACCUAUGUCAUCAAAUGAGUCAAAUGAUUCAGGAGUCUGAUCGGGACAAGCAAGAAGCACUAGACAGAUGUGAAAGAACAUACCGGCAACACUAUGAAGAUAUGAAGAUAAAGUAUUGUGAAGAUCUGGUGGAGAAACAUGCUGUGGAAAAAGAAAAACUCAUCCAUGCUUAUGAGGAAAACAUUACACAGUUAAAGGCUGACAUUGAUGAGUUGAACAAAGAAAUGCUUGCAGUGAAGGAAUGUUAUAUUGCAGUCUGCAAAGAGAGAGAUGAACAGGAAGCUACACUGAAAGCAGCACUUGCACAAGAACAAAAGCUGAAGGAGGAGAAGUUCAAGAAACAGUUAUUGGAGGAAAAAGAAGAAUCUUUGGGCAGGCUGAGGACUGAGCUAGAAGAAACAUACAAGAACUCCAUUGUAACAGCGAAAGCCCAGUGGCAGAAAGAGAGAGAAGCCGGCAUUAAGCAGUGCAUUGAGGACGAAGUAGGAGCUGCCAAAGCAUUUUGGGAGAGAGAGCAGAAAGAGAUCAAAGAGCAAGCUAUUCAGGAAGUUGAAAAAGAAUGGCAGCAUAGACUGGAUCAAGCUGUGGAAGAAACAAAGAGAAAUGUAGCAGAAAGCAAAGACUGUUGUAGCCAAACAGAGCAAGUAACCAUCACUGAUGAAUCGCUGAGCAAGGUGAUUGCAAAGGCAGUUGAUGAACAAACACUGGUCCUUCAGGAGGCACUGAAAGAAAAAGAAAAGACCAUGAGAGAGCAUGAAGUGAGGCAUCAUGAAAACAUUGCCAGUCAGGUGGAAUCAGCUCUGACAAAAGCUCGUGCCAGGUGGCUGCAAGAACUGACUGAACUGGAGGAAUAUAAAGUUCAUCUGAAGGCAGCCCGGGAAAAAUGGGAGAAAGAAUGUGACAUUGACACAGCCAAACAGGUAUCACUAGCUGUUUCAGCUGCUGAAGAGAAGUGGAAGAAGGAACUUGAGAAUACAGAUGAGGCUCGAGUGAGGACCAAAGAGCUUGAAGAGAGGAUUCUUUCCCUUAAAAGGGAGCUGGAGCUCAAACAAGAAGAAGUUCCUGCCAUUAUUAAAACUGAACUGGCCAAAGCUCGAACCCAGUGGAACAAGGAAAAGCAAGAGGAGGUGCUUAGGAUACAACAUCAAAAUGAAAAAGAUUACCACUCCUUCUUAAAUGAUCAUAGGCAUAAAAUCAACGAAGUGCUUGCAAAGGCCAAAGAAGACUUUGCAAAGCAGAAGAAAGAUCUGCUGGAUCAAAAAGAAGCAGAACUGAAGAUGUGUCUGGAUCGAAAGCAGCAAGAAUGGGCUGCCCACGAAGCCAAGAGAUUCCAAAAUGAAGUCUGCCAAUACGAGGACAGGGUUUUGGUUCAGGUGGAACUCAUCCUAGAUGAAAUGCACACAGAUUUAGUCAGAUGUGCGGCCGAUGAGCACACUUGGCAAGCCAAGUGGAGCACUCCUCCUCCUGUAGAAACCCAUCUCCAGUUCAAAGACAAGUUGAUAUUUUGUUUGCAGAAAGCAUAUAAAGGCACCAUCUAUGCCAUUCUCGAAAAAACGAAGCUUUGGUGGAAUGAGAAAUGUGAAGGUUUGGACUAUAACCUUAAAGAUCCAGAGCACCCUUGCAUGCAAAGUGGUGAAGGAGAGACUGGGGACAAAGUAAGGCCUUCUAUGUACAGCGUUGAACAGCAAGUAGAACUCCAAAGAAGAUUAAGAAAGCAACCGGCUUUACAGGAGACUGAAGUGGAUGCUGAUUCAGAGUAUAAGAAAAUAAGUCAGUUGCCUCAGGAAGAUGUUUGCUGUGAAGGUUGUUGCCAACAGCUUGAAAGAAAGGAAAAGGAAUGUCAGGAUUUGAGAAAAAAGCUGGACAAAGCGUGCAGACAUCUCCAGCUUGCAGUGAAGGAACACAAAGCAAAGUCAGAACAGGUCCAAGAAAAUGAAAAAAUAGUAGAGGCAUUAAUUGAGGAAAACUCUGCAAUGAAGACUAGACUUGAAGAUUUAAAACCAUGUAACAUGCCUCCAAGAUCAUCAUCAGAGGGCUGUAUCUCGAAGACUUGCACACCUUGUGAUGAAAAAGCCUUGGAAGAAAUGCGUUCCCAGUAUAUUAAAGCUGUGGGUAAAAUUAAAAGCGAUAUGCUUCGUUAUAUCCGUGAAAGUAAAGAGAGAGCUGCUGAAAUCAUUAAAGCGGAAGUAUUAAGAGAACGUCAGGAGACUGCCCGGAAAAUGCGCAAAUAUUACCUGAUUUGUCUUCAGCAGCUUCUGAUUGAUGAUGGGAAGCAUGAAGGGGCUGAGAAGAAAAUCAUCUGUGCUGCUGGCAAACUUGCUACGAUGGCUAAAAUACUAGAAACACCUGUUCGUAACUCAUCCCAGAGCAAAGCCAUUCACUCAGCUCUAUCACAAAAUUCCAAGCUGCUCACUGGUGUUGAAGAAUUUAAGAGAAACUGCAUGCAUCAACCUAGGCCAACCCCAGCGGAAAGCCAGACACAUGGUGAAAGUAUUGGCCAAAAAUCCAGCAAUUCAGUUGCUCAGAAACGUAUACCUUGUAGCUUAAGACGGCAGCUUGAUGCUGAAAGCCAGCCUGUCUUGACUUCCAACAUUCAGGCGGUUAGGAGAUCUUUUAAACAACUGGAUGAUACUUCAGUAGGCAAGGCACCUGCGGAGUGUGUCAGUGAAGACAGAAGCAUGAACAGAGAUCUACCUCGCGGUGUUAAUGCUGCUGCACUGCAGAAUCUUCCUUCACAAGUUUCUCAAGUAAAGUUUUUAAAUACUCAGCCAACUGACUGUACAAAUGGUGGUUCAGAUUCUGGGGCAUCUUAUGUCCUGCUUAAGAGUGAGAAUGAAAGACCAGCAAAACAAGACCUCCAAUGUAUCCAGACUUCUAGGCAUCAGAAGGCGACAUGUGAAAAAACUCAAGUCUUUGAAGUUCAGGAAACUCCGGUACGGGAUGAAGAAAGCUCCACUGACUGGAGCCUGGUUAGUGAGACUUUGCACUUGGAUAGUAAUGAUGUAUCUCUGUAUUACAUGCAGAAAGCACAUUCUAGCGCCCAAGCAGAAUCUUGUGAACGGUUUCCCACGACAAAGCAAUUUUCUCGUGCCAAGGAAGAGGUUUCCAUGUUUUGCCAACAAGCUGGUUACAAAGACAAGGCACUCACCACAAAGAGCCAAGCCAGGAAUUACACCAAAGGCGAUCUCAUGAUGAUCCCACACCAUAUGCCAUAUCAGAGGUCAGGCAAAUUAAGUCCUGCAAGUGCCCAACCGAGUAGUGAGGUAUUGUGUCCAUCUGCAGGAAAAAGCUACAACCUGCUGCCUUUGAGGAAACGGAUACCUGAUACUACAGCGUUUCAACAAGACAGUGGCUUUGACAGCCCACAGAUCAAUUUUGAUUAACAUCAAGGACUCUUUGAGCAUUCUCACAGAAGAGAUACUUAAAUAUAUUUAAAUGAAAGUUGUGGAGAAAGCCUUGUGUGAUGGGGUCUUGUGAGUGAGUGUGUGUGUGUGUGUGUGUGUGUGUGUGUGUGUGUGGUUUCUUGCCUUCUCCAUUUGGCUGUUACAUGAACACUCAGUCCUGAAUACUUAGGCAGGUCUUGGAUUGAUCUUAGCUAUCUGAUUCUCACUAUGUAUAGACUGUCUUUUUAUAUAUGUGUGUUGUCUGUUGUGUGUGCGUGAGACUGAGAAACUUAUUUUUAUACCUCAAAAUUAGUGGGCAGUCGAUUGCAAUCUUUUUUUAUUUAUGCAGAAAUAAAACUGACACUUUGUGGUUCAUUGG